UCCAUAUCAACAUAUCUGUGCCUUAAGGCGUUACGCGGGCAACAAGCAUUCCCAGCGCAUACUGGUCCUGGCGCUGGCGCCCCUUACCAUCCAUCGGUCGUUGAUUCCGAAUAUUCUUGGAGCUUCUCCGCGCCUCCUUCAAGGGCUCAGGCCCAGGAAUUACUAAAAAAGAGCGAGAAUUCCUGUUAUGCUGCCCCUAUCCUGAAAGCAUGGAUCCGAACAUUCCGCCACGACCUUCGGGCAUUCCUAGACUGUCCAAGCUCCCUGUCCCGAAACCUUCUCCGGCCGGUUCCUUGACCCCGUCAAGAUUAAGACCUACUGCGUCUGUAGACACAUUGCGCAAAAAACCCUCCCAGAGCUCAUUCAGCAGCCCUACAGGAUCCGCGAGUCUCCGCCGUACUUCUGGUCUAACUCGUGGGACAAGCGUAACUACAAGCACAGCGACAUCGAGAGCUACACCUCGCCAAGAUGACAACUUAUUCAAGAAGCCAAUUGGACGGCCUCCUUCGAGACAAGCACGAGUGCAGUCCCAGCAGAGGAUAGCAAGUCAGAAUAGAGCACAGCAGCAACAGGAGGAUGUAUUGGGUUCCCUCGACGGAUUUAGGGCUUCCUCGAGAGCAUCGUCGCGGGCAAGUUUUCGAGAAGACGACCACAUCGAAUUCACAAACAAAACGCCACCAAAGGACAAGAAACCCACCGCAAAGAAGUCACGACCUUCGCUAUCUGAUCGAACCAUAGAAAGUCUCUCCCAAGUUCCAGCGUCACCGGCACCUCGACGGCGGCAAUCGAGCAUCUUUAGCCCUGAAAGCCCUCUUAGACCACCAUCGCGUUCCUCAUCAGCUCUCGGUCACUAUAACAAAAGGCCAGAUACAAGUGAUGGGGCGUUCUCCGCCAGUGUAUCGCGCUUACCUGCGACACCGUCAUCAGCGAAGAGUGAGAAUGUAGCACUGAAGGGUUCCAUGACUGCCCCAGGGAAGCGAAGCGUAAGUGCUGCGAUCCCAAGGAAGCCUAGUCAGACCUUGAGACAGCCGUCUCGGACGAGCAAUACGUCCUCUGUUCAAGCUCCAUCGAGUGUCCGCAGCACAAGAACCUCGAACUCGCUAGCAACACUAAAGCCACGACCUAGUCUUAAUGGACUAUUUGAUAAGUCUCGAGCACCAUCGACUACCUCGACUCCUGUGCGUCGCACAACAAAGCCCGUGCAGAAAGAAUCGCUGCAGGUUGAUUCUGAUAGUUCUGCUCGGAAAGCAUCGACUUCUUCCGCAGCUCUGCGAGAUCAGAUAGCUAAAGCAAAGGCAGCUCGAAAAGCUGUAGCAGCAAAAACAGCCCCUACUGAUAGCAUUGCGAAUGCUCAAUUUGACUUUGGGUUGGAUAACGAUCCAUUUAACCAGAUGCCGAAAGGCGGUGAUGCUGUCAUUCGAAAACGCGUUGACGCAGCGCGAUCAGACGGCAGGUUGAACAUAUCAGCUAUGGGUCUCAGUGAAAUCCCCGAGGUAGUGUUGAAGAUGUAUGAAUUCGAUUCGAAUCAAUCAAGCUCUAUUGCUUGGGGGGAAGUUGUUGACCUAGUGAGGUUUAACGCUGCCGAUAAUGAUCUUGAGAAUAUCUCCGACCUUGUUUUUCCGGAUGUGGAUCCACAGGCUGCAUCUCUUGAUGAAGAUGCGCCAAACAUGCAAUUCGCUGGGGUCGAAUUUCUUGAUUUGCAUGGGAACAAGCUGGGGAGCAUUCCUCUAGGCCUGCGGCGGAUGUCGCAAUUGACCAGUCUCAACCUUUCUCGUAAUCGUCUGAAAAUUGCGGCCUUUGAGAUUAUUGGGCAAAUCUUGAGCUUGAAGGAGCUAAAAGUCGCCGAGAACGACUUGCAAGGCAGUUUACCUACCGACUCUAUUGGCAGAUUGAGCAAUUUACAAAACUUGGACCUGCAGGGUAAUCAGCUCACAGAACUACCUGCAGACAUGAGUGAACUCGUCAACCUCCACGUGCUCAAUGUUACGAGUAAUCGACUUACAUCGCUUGAUAUGGAGGUUCUCCUAGCGCUACCCAUCGUGCAGAUUAGUGCAGUGAAGAACAACCUCCAAGGCGUCUUAAUUUCUGGAUCGAUGGAGAACACAUCACUGCAGGCUCUCAAUGUGUCUGGCAACUCCCUGACAAGUUUGACGACUGACUCACGUCUUCAGCUCUCAGCACUCCAGACCCUAGACCUAUCUGUAAACAGAAUAUCGUCACUUCCAGACAUAUCAGGAUGUAGGAGCCUGGUGACUAUCUUAGCGGGCGAGAAUAAAUUACAAGAUCUACCAGAAGGCUUCGUCGAGCUUUUGAAUGUUAAAAAGGCAGACUUUUCGAGCAACGACAUUUCAAAGGUCGAUGAUCGCAUAGCGCUCAUGGAGAGCCUUGAUACUAUAUCACUUGCCGCCAACCCACUCCGAGAGCGCAAGUAUCUUACAAUGGUGACUAGCGAUCUGAAACAACACUUGCGCGCCAAGCUGGUACCAGCUCAGGACGCUGAAGGGCAGACAUCGACUUUAGACGAGUUGGAGUCUGACUUGGUAUCGGAAGGUGGAGGUCACGACAACGGGUGGAAGUUGACGCCAUCGGGAACUCUUGAUCUGUCAAAGAAGUCCUUGUGUUCGCUUCCAGAGGAAGAGUUUGGAGCUUUCGCUACCAAAUACGAUAUCAAACAGCUGAACCUCCAGCAAAAUCAGUUUGAGUGUAUACCCCAAGCUCUGGAGUUAUCCGUCACUCUCACAGUACUGAACUUAUCCCACAACAACAUCUCUCUAGCCUUGGAGGCGCAGUUGUCUUUACCAUUCCUACGCGACCUUAAGCUUGCAGGAAACAGAAUCACAAAUUCUGCAUUAGCAAACCUGCAAACGCAUCUCUCAGCACCCAAUCUGCAAACACUCGAUCUUACUUAUAACAAGUUAGACGGUGCCUUGCCGGCGCUAAAGACUGCUUUUCCCAACCUGUUUGCUUUGCAAGUAGCCGACAAUGCUAUAGACACGGUGGAAGCCAAGGUUCUAGAAGGGCUAAAGGUGGUAGAUCUGAGCAACAACAGCAUUGAAAAGCUUGAUGCCAGAAUCGGAUUGCUGGCAGGACGGCUUACGGGGCUCAACGUCGAAGGGAACACAUUUAGAGUGCCAGGCUAUCAAGUGCUCCGCAAGGGAACGGAGGCUGUCUUAGCGUGGCUGAGGGAUCGGCUGCCUGAGGAAGAAAGGGAAGCAUUUGAAUGACGAUUGAACAGCGAAUAGGAACCAUCAAAAGGACAUGCCACUGUCUGUGUUUCGUACAGGCAAUGUUGCAGCGAUGGUGUAGCUUAGCAAACGUUGGACGUUUGUGCCAGAUAUAGAAACUCUCCGUUUUUAUGGGAAUGGAAUAUAGACCCCGAGUCGGGUUCGAUUA